GCAGGGAAGAUGAGCCGUGGACUCAGUGCGGCACAGUGGUCGUGAUUUCAUCGAUGAGCAGCUGAUUUGACUGACCGCCUCAGAGGCACAGACAUGGUGACACGUGGAUUUUUGCGGGCGAGAGCACACACCGGCCACCGGGUGGAUUAACUGGACGACGCAUGGGUGUGUGUCGCCGUCCAGGACUGCUCCGGUUUCGUUCUCACUGCGGGACCCGGCGAUGCGCUCUUUAAAGGAAACGGGUUUCGCAGAGACAUCCGGAAAACGCAUCCAUGCGCCAGGGCCACUCCGCAUCCCGAAAUGCUUCUGACAACACAAAGCCUGGCUUCAAGAAGCUCCGAUAAGAAACCACACAUGCAAAUCGGCAUGGGUGCGUCAACACGGUUAUUUCGCUAUAUUUUGCGGAUGAGGCUUUGGAGCGCAGAUGUGCAAUGAGACAACCGGGAAUAAUCAAAUAGACUUUAUUGAUACAUAAUCCGACAAUAUGGCUGAUCAGAGCAACAUCCAGUCCGCCGCCUCCAAGAGUAUCCGGCCCUUUAAAUCCAGUGAAGAAUACCUGUAUGCCAUGAAGGAGGAUCUGGCUGAAUGGCUGAACACCCUGUACGACCUAGAUAUCACUGCGGACACCUUUAUGGACGGACUGGAGACGGGCUGUGCCCUCUGUCGGCACGCCAACAACGUGAACCGGGCCGCGCAGGACUUCCAGCUGGAUAACCCGGAGGCUGCACAAUCCAUGAAAGUACCAUCUAAAGAUGUUGUCUUUCAGUCGCGCAACGUCGUGCCCGGCUCGUUUGUGGCGCGGGAUAAUGUGUCCAAUUUCAUCACCUGGUGCAGGCAGGAGCUCUGGAUCAAGGACGUCCUCAUGUUUGAGACCAACGACUUGGUGGAGAGAUGCAACGAGAAGAAUUUUGUUCUGUGUCUCCUUGAAGUGGCGCGACGUGGGUCCAAGUUUGGCAUGUUGGCCCCCAUGUUGAUCCAGUUGGAGGAGGAGAUCGAGGAGGAGAUCCGGGACCAGGAGAGCCUGCGGAUCGAUGCGGGAGAGCCAGCUGAGCAGAGCCCGCCCAGCAGGUGUUACAGUCGGAAGGAGAGCAGUCAGAGUGUGGAGGAUGAAGAUGAACCUGAUCCAGAGCCGUUCAUCUGGCAGCAGAAGAGAGUUUUAUGUGACAUGCGAAAUUUGGAUGAGUUGGUGCGUGAGAUUCUGGGCCGAUGUUCCUGUCCAGCUCAGUUUCCUAUGAUCAAGGUGUCAGAGGGCAAGUACAAAGUGGGAGACUCCAGUGCACUGAUCUUCAUUAGGGUCCUUCGUACUCAUGUGAUGGUGCGUGUUGGAGGGGGCUGGGACACAUUAGAGCACUAUUUGGACAAGCAUGACCCGUGUCGCUGCGCUGCUUUUGCCCACCGCUACCACCAGGCUAAAGCCAGUGGCCAAGGUCAGGGGGCCCAGAGCAAGUCCUCGAGCGCCCACUCCUCUCGUUCCACUAGCCCUGGUCCACACUGGCGAAAUGAUGGCAUAGCACCUUACAAACCUCCGGACAGGCGCUCCAUGGAGCCCCCCUCUGCCCCAUGUGGCUCUUCCUCCUCCACACGGUCGGGCCGAUCUCAGAAUACUUCUGUCCACACUGAGCCUGACUCCGGUGCAGCUCGAACUCUACUCCCCCGGCCACCACGGGACCGCUCAGAACCCCGCCACUUUAAUCCUCUCAGGAAUAAGGAGACAAUGUUGCCAGUGACAAGACGUCUGUCUGGAGACAGUGACUCUUCUACAGCUUCAUCUAAGGGGGGAGGAGGAGGAGGAGGGGGGCGGCAUUCUCUUGGUGGUGCCUCACGGCGCUCUGGUGAAGAGGUAGUCCUGCUUGUCAAUCGCAAGGAGGGGAAGCAUGUGAUUGAGAGGCCUGGAGGAGGAAAUCCGAUGGCAUCCCUGCGUCCGUCACUGCCCCGUGCACGCAGCCAAUCUCGGGAACGUGCUGCACUCACUCCAAUACUCAAGCCCAGCCCACCACAAGGAUCCUCAGAUGGAACACGGACGUCUCGUACAGAGAGGGGCCGCUCCCUCGGAAAUGAGGGCCCAAGGAGGCUCCAUGCUCCACGUUCCCACAGCCAGAGCAAGUUAUCUAGCCGUACUCGGUCCAGUGAUGCCAGCCCGAGUCCCGCUCCCAGCUUCCGAGACCCUCAGCCCCCACCUUCAGACAAACGAGAGGACUUUCGGGCCAAACAAGUGCCCCCAUCCUCUCCCAGAGUAGGUGGUGGGUUCACCAAGAGGCAGUCAUCCUCAUGCUCUAACUCACCUAUUAAAGGGGUCCAGAACAACAACAACAACAGCAGUCCCAGCAAGAAAACUAUAACAGCUCCCAGACCUCCUGCCCCUCGCUCACCCUCCAUAGGAAAAGGCAGACUACUGCCACCAGUAACCUCAGGAGGUCGACGUUCACCACACUCAUCUCCCCGCAACUCUCACCAUCACGCUGCUCGCUCCCCUCGGGUGUCACAGGGCCCUCGCUCUGCUGGGCGUGGCCACCAUAGGAACUGGCCUGGCCUGGAGCGCCAGGAGCCUGAGGAGGAAGGGCUAGGCUUUGGCUUCCAGAUGCUGCCAACAUUAGACCCUCAGAGGGAGCAGGACCUGUAUCGCAGCUUUGAAGCUGAGUUUCUGGCCAAUACACAGCAGGCUAGAGGGGUGUCUAGUAAAACCCCAGGAGGAAUGACCCUUCAGGGAGCUGGGACACAUUCAGUGCCAACACUCACGGAUCCAAAUGUCACUGACUCUGCCUAUUCCUCUUCUAACUCCUCCACCUCCUCCCUGAAUGUGGGGGCAAAGAUAGGAACUCUGCCUGACCUCAGGGAAUCCAAGAGAACUAACCUCCGUCACUUCCCACCCGAGGACCCCUUAAAUUUACUCUAUGGACACAAUUUCGGAGGACCACACAACUUUCGUCAAGGUGAGCCUGAACACUGGGGGGAGCGUGCAGGGGGUCUUAAGAAGCUCCCAGCCAUCUCUAGUUCCGUAGAGGAGAGGGAACUCCCAUCUUCCCUGCCUGGCCUUGGAGACACAGACAGUUUAAUGAAUCAGGUCCCCUCACAACCUGCUUUCCACUGUAGGAAUAUGAAUGGAGGUUGUCUUCCUACAGGGGGGCUAACAGGUGAGCAGGGUCAGCUUGGCUGGGGCACAGGGCCUGAAGGAGAUGUUCCUCUGGAGAAUCACCAUCCAAACUUACCUUAUGACCUGGAAAAUGGUGAAGUGAGUGAUGACCUCCCACCUCCAGAGGCUUGUCCAUCACCUGUGCCCCUUCCCCCUUCUGAAGACUGCUCCUACCAGGAUUCCUCGAGUGAAAACUCUUCCAUGUGCUUCAGCUUGAGUGAAUCCCGCUCUGAGUCCCCCCCACCAUCUUCACCCCUGGCCAACGGGGACACAGACAGGGAGGUGCUGCAGACUAAGAAAGGACAGAAGAAGGCAGACAGGGCAGCGCCUAUCUCGAAGCACAAGCUGAGAGCCAGAAUCAGGCCUCGCAUUGACAACAGACCAGAAAACAGCCCCUCACGUAUCCCCACCCCGGUCAGCUACAGAGACCUGCAGGCUCAUGGCACUCUUUCCCCCUGCCACACCCCACCGCUUUCCCCUCAGAGCUCUCAUUCUACCGGUCGUCCAGCCACAUGCAAGAGCCUGCACCAGGCCUUUGCGGACAUGAUCCAUCCUCAGCCACGUUCCCCAGCCAUGGGCAACAAAGAUUGCUCCUACCCUGGACAGUCAGGAAGCCUGGACACUGAAGCUUGGAUGUAGCACAAAACUGAUGGGUAUGACACAGGGGGUUGUUGUCAUGAACUUUGACUACUGUGUAAAAAAAAAACAGACUUAAGACUGGGCUAUAGACUGUUUUCACUGCAUGUCAAACACUCCUUCUUUUUCACUUAGUUUCUCCCCUGACUGACUGUGGGUGGGGCGGGGUUCACAUUGCUUUUAAUUUGCACUCAAGCCAAAUUAUUUAUUACCAAAGGAAUGGUCUUUAAUACUACUUUUACUGUCAUUUUAAUGUUUGCAUGGGGAUGCUUUUGCCAAUCAGGAGGUGUUUUUUUUUUUUUUUUUGCAAGACUCUUAUGGUUAAUACAGCGAGGUAGAGAGAGAGAGCAUAUGUGCUGCCAUGUGCCCCACUGAGGGGCAUGGUAAAGUGCCAGAGAUUUAAAGCUGCAACUCUGUAAACUGUGCAAACACUAAUCCUUCAGUCACAUCGAUUAGCUCCCUCUUGUGGUUUUGCCAUAGCAUCUCUGCUUGCCUUGAUAGUCAAAGUACUGGUGUGAUGACUGUGACAUUUUCAGUCUCUCCGCAUUAAUGGUCUUCAUAUAUGACUUGGUAUAUACUCACAUUUACAAUAUACUAAUAGGUAACAUAGACAAAGGUACCCCCAUCAUUCUUGUGACUUUAUGAACACUACAUGCACUACCAAUCUCUGUACAGUUGUCUGAUGAUUAUUAAUGUACGAUGUCAGCUUUUCACGAUAAGUUGAUGUAGUGGAGAUACAUAACAUGUUUUUAAAAUGCUUAAUGUGUUACAGGUUUUCAAGAUUAUGUUUAAUGCAGUAAAACAUUUUAACUUCUACUUUUAAGUGGAUUAGGUGUAAAAGCUUGAGGAGCAGUGAAAGUUAUAUUACUUUGUGUCAUUGUCACUGAAACAGAUAUGUUGAGAGUUCUUCCUCUGACCAAACUGUACUCUGGAAUACAAUACUAAAUAAUAUAUGUGCAGAAGUCAAACUCUAAGGAGAAUGAAUGUGUAAAUACAUGUUUGUGUGGGUAUUUUGUAUAUAAAAAGGCAUUGAAUAUACAUACAGUUUAAUGUACAUAGUCACUGUAUUAAGUUCUAUGCUGCCUUAGCUAUGCAAUAUUGGUGUUGGAAAUGCCUUGACAAUUCCCUUUGCCUUAAAAUUUAUUCACAGAUUAGUGUUUGAAUGUUUUUGCUCAACAUCACUAAGAUCUAUUCGGUAACACUACAUUGCCAUCAUUAACUGCUUAGAAUAAUAGUAAUUGGAGAGUUUGAGUGUGAAUGUGGGAAAAACGCAAGGAAAUGCAUUGCCAAUUUUUACUAUAAAUUAUACUUGAUUUAGGUGUACAAUUCAUGAUCAAGACAUAUAAUUUAUUGCCUCUAGUUGUUUUGAAACAGGAGAAGCCGGAUAACCUACUAAGUGGAUUGAUUUCAAAGAUAUGAUAUGUGGUGACAUCUAGUGGCUAAAGAAAUUAUAUAUUUUAGCUAACAAGUAAAAAGAUAACAGUAAUAUUUCCUCUAUACUUUUAAAAUGACAUGUCCUGGUGCUGAUCAGAGCCAAUAACAAUUUCAUGAUAAGGUGAAGUUUGAUGGGUGAAGAAUGAGUUUGACCUGAGUGACUGCAUGUGUGCAACAGUGCAUGAAUAAUAGAUAUUGUAACUGGAGAUUUAGGUUCUCUUGUUAAGAUCUUGUACGGUUGUCAUCAGUAUGAGAAGCCAGACUCCAGCUACAGUGCUUCAGUUUUUGGUAUUUAACUGAUGUGGACUUUGUAAAAUAUAUUUGAAAGUGGAAAAGUAGGACUUGUAGUGUUGGUGUCCUGCAGAAAGCCCAUAAUUUCAAAAAAGAUUUCAACUUCUUCCCCUAACAUGUCUGUUACGAGAAGAGGUUAAAUAUUUUUUUCCAUAGACGUUGUGGAAGCUAUGUCAGUGAGAAAGAAAAAAAUGAUCUAAAAUCUUUUUUGCAGGACACUAACAUGGUGAAUGGGCUAAAAACAAAGAGUGUGCAUAUGUUUGUGUACAUACGGUAUGAGAAGAUGUACAGAGUUGGGGUGAAGAAGGGAGUGAUGGUCUAAUUUAUUUAUUUAUGAAACCAAGUCUCGGUGGGCUCAAGCGACAUCUUUGUCCCAAGUACUGUAAGUGAGUAAGUGUUUAGGGAAAUCCAAAUGAGGCAGGGCAUUUUAAGCUUUUUCAAUUUUCUCAACUGUUUACUGUAAACAGACAUAAUCCUUCAAAAUGUUGCCAGUUUAAAAACUGGAAUCAUCCCACAGACAAAUUAAAUGUAUUUGGAUUGUUUUGCAAUAUUCAGAGAUGCAGAAAUUUGAUUUAAUGCUGACUCCUCAUUGCUACAAAUAAUUUAUGAUGUAUCAGUAUUGUUAGAGCUACAUUGAUCCAGUAUGUAGCCGGUUAUCAGUUUCACCUGUAUAAACAGUUAUUUACAUGUAUUUUAAUUGCUUUGAAUUUAAAUUUGUUUUGGCUUAUUUGAAGACAUUUCCAUUUUUGAUCAACUGGUUUUUAAAAUCUUCCAGUUAUGUGAGCUGUGACUGCAUACAGACAUACCAUUACAUUUGGUAAUCAAUCACAAAGAGUUAUUGUCUUUACAUAUUUUGCUUUUCGUCCUUUGCAAAUUUCAUGAAACUCUCUUUUUCUCUCUUUCCAGCCAGCGAAAUCUGAAUGUUCACGAUCAGACAAUUCCUUGUUUGCUAAUGUUAUUUUCUUCAGUUAAAUGUACAGAUUGCUUGACAUUGUGGAAUUUGUAUGUAUGACAUAGCAAUACUGCAAGAUUUCACUGUUUUUUGAAGUUGAAAAUGCUGUCAAGUUGUUCUUGUAAUAAAUAUUUUCCUCUGAAGUUUGUA